CAACCAUUCUCAUUGAGGUCCCAUUACGGAUUGGACAGCGUGCGAAGGGCCGGCACCCAAUGAGAUUCGUCCGUGGAGUGCGCGUCACGCUGUCACGUGACGAGCAUCCCACGAGCGGGCUGGUGGGCGGAGACGCUAUAUAGCGCGUGCACCGAUUUGGGACCGUGAGAGACCGAGCAGCAAGAGGAGUACCUGGUUGCAUCGCAGUGCGCCGCUUUCAGCACCACACACACAUUGAUCAGACAUGCAGCAUUCUCGAGUCUGGGGCCUGCUCCUGGUGGCCAUGGUGCUACUCAGCUUGACGACGGCCACAGUCAAAGGAACGCCACAGUUCGUACCCAAUGGUAGAUACGGACGCAGGAGCAUCGUGCCCCCUCUUGCAGGUGUAACCAGCGACAUGAACGUCAAAUUUUUCGGCGACUCCAGCAUCACUUGCAGUUACACCGGCUUCGCGGAUAUUUACAGGUGUUCCAGGAGAUCUUCCGAUGACUACAAGGACUCCUCCCUCGAAUGAGACGCCACCGUCGGGACUGUCAGCAUUCCCACAGCCAAAGUCCGAGCCAAGACGGACCAGAGAAGAUGAGACAGCGCAAUAUUAGCCUUUCUUUGUAACAACUUUCUUCUCCGGGCAUUUUUUGUUCACGACGGACUGAAAGAAACAUGUCACGUGAUCGACGCUCUCCUGGGAGCUCGUGAAGCACCUUGUGUUUUCUUUAUUGGUGAUUUUUUUUUUUUCGAAUGUCCCGUGAACAACAGUAGUGAGCAAAGUGUUGUUUUUUUGGCUGUAUGGCGUUUCAAUCAACGUCCCACGGGGGAAAUAAAAAGUAGUAGCUGUUUCA